GCCUACGUCACCACUGUUAACAAGAGCGCCAUCUUGCCUUGUACAAAUUAAAGGGUCAGCGGCGCGACGCUUGAUCUGUCGUUCAAGGCUAAUUACGGCUAUUACGCGUCCCUUGAUUCCCCAAAUAUCUGCUGCUUUAUCCGGAUGAAGAGGAGCAAAAGGUUUUGUGUGGGCGUCGUCGUUUAAACCAACAACUUUUCGGACGCGAAAGAGGCCUGGCGACUCCUUUGGACGACGAUGUCGCGACUCAAGCAGGAAAAGCGAGUUCCCGAGCUCGAACAGGCAAGAUCGAAGCUUGAUGGCGUCCUACAAAGUCUCGUGGAAAAAACCGAAGAAAGCCAGAGUUCAUCAUCGCAGUCGGAAGAUGAAUCAAAGGCAUUGGAUUCUGCUGCUAAGUGAGGAUGCUUCUCCUAAGAAGAUUCAAAAGACCCAGAGAAAACGCCGUCGAAAAGAUGACUCUGCUGUGCAGAAUUCAAACACAUACAUCACAAAAAUAUAUGGCUGCAGUGUUGACCUUGCCCAGUUUGAUGAGAAUUCUCCAUUGUAUUCAAUGUGUCGUAGCUGGAUACAAAAUAAACCUCUGCAGAGUUCGGAGCGGAACCAUGGUGUUGCAGAAAUAGACAAGAAAAAGAACACCAAUGAUAGUGCAGAUGAUGAUGACACAAAGGGCAUUUUUUUCCUACCUGCACCUGUGGCACCUCCCAAAGAUGAUGCUGGUAACGUCAAGGACCUUCGAAUACCUUCACCUGUUCCUCAGCCCAGUGAAAAGUUCUUUAUGGCAUCGGAUGACAGUGAGGUUGUGCCUGUGAAUGUCUUACUGGCUGGCCAUCAAACACGUUGGAAAAAUGUGCGGCAAAAGUGGAAAGAGGCAGCUAUGGCAAAUGAGGAGCGCUACAAAGAAAGUGCAGCAAUUCUUCUCAAGGCAAUGAGCAAUGACCAAGAUGCACCAUCACAAUGGGAGAGUGCACCAGCUUAAGGAAAAAUGUGGUUCUGCUUGCAUCACUCCACUGACUUAGCACGACACGUAGCAUCACAGACUUGAAUGCAAUCGAACUCCUGUAUCAACAUGUAUACAUGAGCUUAACUGUAAGAAAAGUCCAGCACAGUGGCUAUUUAGUAUGUGAGCAUUACUCAUCAUUUGCAGUGCACUGACCUCGUACCUGCAAACAAGUUUAGACUCGAAGCUUCAUUUUAACUCUGCUUGUUUAUGACAUUGCCGCCCCUCAACUGAAUUUACUAACUGCAUCAGAAAUAGUUGUCCGUAAACAUAUUACUUUUUUUUGCAGAAUACCAGGUUACCUGAGACAGAGCAAUAGUAGCAAUACUGGUAUUGUGCCGUAGAGUUUAACCAGGGAAGACAUGAAGCUUGUUGCAGUGACCCGCCAUAAAGCUGUUGGCAGCAACAUGGUUAUCAUGCAGGUUUAAAAAAUAUAUAUUGUGGUUAGAUCAACCAUCACAGGAUGGCACCACCAGCAUUGUUAUUGCCAGCCACGUCUCUGGUAUUCCAUAAAAGGUACCACAUAUGCAGGCAAGCUAAAACUAAAUGCUUCUUUAUGACUCCUGCGAUAAGAAGUUGCUUGAGAGAAGUACCCACCCCAGUGCCUUUCAAUCGACACUGAGAAUGCCUUGAAACAAAAUCUGAUCAUGUGAAUCACUGAGAAGCAUUAUCGAAGUUCAACAACCUCUUUAGUUGAAUGACUGGAGUGCCCUCUACUUUCUGGAGUUCAGUUGAAGUGUCAACUUGAGGAAUGUUUAGCUUAUCCAAGCAGCACAUGCUAAAGGGGUCCUGAAGCACUGUUUUAUCAAAGUCUCAAUGUGUUUUAGUAUGUAGAGUACCGGCCUCACAAGCCUGUUCUGGCAAAGCAAUUUCAAAAACAUUUAGUACAGUGGAAAUAUUGACAAUUGGAUGUUGCUAUAUUUAAAUAUAGCGCUGGCUCAAUUACUGACAAAGCUUAUCAAGCGUGAAAUGAAGACGAGUGCAGCUCCGAGACAACACUAUCAAACACUCAUUUGGUCCUCGUUAACCUUAAGCAGUAUAAAUAUGAACUGAUGAGUAAUCUUCAAUUACAUGCUCUAGCAGCCACUUUAUAGAAUGCCUGUGUGCUUUGGUUUCAGUUUUCUUAAAGAGACUCCACAUGGUCGAAAUUGAUCCAAAGACCUCUACAGCUGCAUCCCUUGAAGCCUACCGUGGAGUUACUGGACAUAGAACCUUGUCAAUUAUUACUUUUAUCCUUCUCUGCUAGUCUUUCAUAGCAGUCACAGGCUGUGCAAGUCUACUCAUUCCAGUCUUGGCACUGUCAUGGCUUUUGUAUAUUGUUUUCUGACCUGUUGGUCGACGGGCAUUCCAAGUUUCAGUACCUUUGAAGGCACUGGAACAUAAGGGAUGUUGAAUUAACAGGGUUUAUCGUCCUGAAGCAACAAAUGGGCCACGAGGGAUGCCACAGUGGAGAACUCGAUUAAUUUUGACCAGCUGGUGUAGUUCAAUGUGCUUUGCAACCUUAUGCUCAGCAUUCGAAUGCCAUGGUCACUGUGGCAGCCAUUAACUAAUGCUGAACUAAUGCAAGCUCUGCUCCAGAUGUUUGCGACUGCACAAUUUUAGAAUUUGUUUACCAUUCUAGCAUGUUUCAAGGGCCUCACGGGCCCUAUAAUGUGAUAUUAUCAUAUACUUGUCUUUUGCCAAUGCGAUUGUGACUACAUUUUGAAGCUUGCUGUUUGGCAGCACUGACAUCACAAGUAUUGGGAGCUAAGUCAGAUAUGCCCUGCACCGACACCUUUGGCGCUGCUUUGAAAGAGGCGAGAGGAGUCUGCCUUUUUGUGAUGAAAAAAGUUCAUUAUCUCUGGGAGGUUUCUGCCACACCAUGCCUGCAAAUUUCCCCAAUCUUCACGAGUUUAUCCAAUCCUUAUCUCCUCUUUGCGACCAUUCUGUUACUCUUAGUAGACAACUGGUUAUAGAUUUCCUAGGUAUACUUGAUUGUGGUGCGAACUACAUUGUGGAAAGGGGACAGAAAGAAAGACAGUGAAGUACAAGUUGACGCUUCACUACCUUCUUUUUUCUGUCCCCUUUUCACAUAAUAUAUUUUGCACCACAGUCAAGUAUACAUAUUAGUAUAUACCUACUAGUCUCGUAUAUUUCACUGAAGAAGUCCUUCUUGCAGGUUAGCAGGCCCCAUAUUUUGUAACAUUACAUUUGAUUUUCCAUUCCUUCCUUAUCACAUAGUGCGACGAGUGGCCUCAGAAAUAAUGCCAGUGCUGGAAUUUGUGAGUUAUGACAAAGGGUGGCAAGGAUGGAAAAUGACAUGCAACGUUAGGAAAUACAGUGCUAGGCAGCAGUGAACACAGCAUCUCAAGCCAGAAUUGGCCCAACCUAUUCCAGUAGCCUGCUUCCAUUCACUGUGGUAUCCAUGAAAUAAAAGGGAAAAUUGGUAUCUCCUUCAAAGCGAACCCAUGCAAGUUUCCUGUGAAAAAGCUUCGCAGACAACCAAUGAUGGUGCCACUUCUUAACAGAGCAGGUACGGUACCAAGAUCACCUGGAGGCUAGCAGAUGGCACGGUGCCGGUGAAUGAAUAUCUUAUGUGAGGCAGUUACUGACCUGCCACUAGAACAGCUGAUUCACAUACUUGAACUUUGUUCAGAGGUGUACAUGAUGACUAUGCAUCUCUCUUCAAAUACCCAUGAAAGGUAGAAAUAUUUUCGUUAAACAACUACUGAACGGAUUAAAGAAAAACGAUGCAAUGACAGUGGCAAAGUGGUUAAACAUGCGGCGAUAUUUGUCUACACUCAUCAGCAGAAUGCUAUUGCCAUUAGCCACCACAUAACUGUGGUGAAUAAAAAUAAUGUAUGAGCAUGAUGUAGAAGAAAUACAGUAAACUUAUGCCAACCCUUGAACUUCCAUACAAGGCUUAUACACUUUUGAAAUGCCUGGCCAUUUAAGACUAAUAAAUGAAACUGAAUGACUGUUGCAUAACCAAAAUACUAGCAUGACAGUGCUCACACCUGUGGGUCAAUUCGCUUGCGGUGAAUCAAAGCCUUAUUCCUUAAACUUGGCACAGUGUAUUCUGUCCAUGACAAGUUGCAUUUUGCCCUGCUAUGUGAUGUCAGAGUCUCAGUGCUACCACAUUAAACCAGAGACCAGCUCUAUGCUGUAAUGACUAAUAACUGCUUGCCAAGAUAAAUUUGGGUAGCUUUGCCUUUGACAAUGGCUGCAGCAAAUUUUGCCUCAUGAACGUGUUAUUCUGCUAAGUCAAAUGGUCAUUCCAAUAUUCGUUGUUGCCUUCAUUGUUGUCGUCACCAAAGUUUAGCUGCGAAGGUAAAACUUCAUGCCACGACUUAUUUAGAAGUACAUGUCCAGGUAUUGUAUAGCUAAUGGUGUGCAUUGUAGGAAAAGUAUAGUUUCUUGCACUUUAUCAUAGCCUGAUUUGUGCCCACAUAUGUAAGUUAUGAUCAUACUUCUUUCUCUUUUUUACUUGUUAAUAUGUGUGCUGUGUGUUAUUCAUGUGUGUGAAUUGUCCUUGAGCUGGUUCCUAAACACUUGUUUACUGAGUAAAGCUGAAAAUAAACACAUUCAAGCAUUAUUA